CGCUCGUCCUAAAGAUUAACACCAAGAGUGUAGAAACACACUUGACGCAGAUAUGGCCGAUAAUCUUGAUGUUUGUGCGGAAGCCUCUACAUUUGUACGGUUGCUUCUCCCAAGAGUCACACGUUGAACUUGUAUUUGGUGAGCUUGCUCGAAGCAAUUGGUACCGUGGAAGCCACAAAUAA